AAUUUUGUAUAAAAACUAGCCUACGUUGUGGAUCUCCAUUAGUCUCGAUUUGAGGAUUGUACAGUUACUUCUGAAGCUACGGUAAUCCGAAAGCUACCCGAAGAUGUCUCGCACCGUUAUUCUUCUUCUCCUCGUCGUCGUUGCUUACGUUAGCUUGAGCAACGCAUCGUGCCCUGCCAACGAGAUAAUGAAAUCAUGUUCGAGCGAAUGCGAGCCCAAGUGUGGGCAGAAAACGCAGGUUGACUGUAUCGAGAUGUGCAAGGGUCCACGGUGUCAAUGUAAAAGCGGAUACAUGAGGAAUUCCCACAACAAGUGUGUCCUGCCCAAAAAUUGUUAAGUGGAACGAUGUCGCCAUUGCUUGCUACAUUUACUUUUCAGGGGAAUUAAUAUAACUUUUAAGUUGAAGAAUAAAUUGAAUUUAGGCAUUUA